UAGAGAUUAUUCCGUGUAGAUUUGCGACCUCUCUUAAUACGUGAAGUGCGUAAUUUAGAGAAACAGASUGACAUUUUGUGUUUCUACGUCCGCUUUUGUCCGGAGACUCUCGGGUUUAACGGGGACGCAUGAAUCCCGUGCCUGCUAGUCUCUUUGUAUUUGCCAGUACUGUCUGGGGCGAUAACAAAGGAAGGAUGGCUGCUGUAAAUGCACUUAUUUUGACUUUUAAAAAGGCAGCUAAGGCACAACAAGAAAACCUGCAGCGUUUUUCGUGUUGAGCUCGCAGUUUUAGGUUAAAUGUCGCCGACGUUGCUUAGGUUUUCGCUUGCAAUCGGUUUCGUUGUUGGGUUUUUAAUCGUUACCACUCAAAGCAUACAACGCGUUUGAGCUCAAACUUGACUUCGACGUAAAUUAUUGUUAGUCGGUCACAUUUCCUGGCUAACUGCGGACUGCUGUAUAGAAGGAAAAUUGUGACGCAGUUGUGUAAAACAUCUUUCUUUGCCUGCUGCAACAGUCCUGUCAGUUUUUGCGUCACCUGCUAGCUUUAGCAAAACGUCCGCGCGGGCCUUUUUCCUGUUAGAGGCCAUAUAACAUUACAUUUAUUAAUCAACGUUUAACAUAUUCUGUCGGAAAGCGUAUAUGUUGGGGGGAGAUGAGUGAAAGAAAUAGUUGUUUUYCCCCCCCUCAAACUUAUGGGUAUUGUAGUCCAGUAACCCGAGCAGAGUCGAGCUUGCAAACGGCCUCCGUAAACCGGAAGAACUACAAAUCCCAGCCGCCCAACUCUCUGGAUACUUUGUAAACUCUGUGCAAGUUGCUUGUCUGCACUGCUAUUUUAGGUAUGCGGCUAGUGCUAUCCGCUCGCCUCUCUGUGCUGUGUAGUUUGCCUGAAUUUGGCCUACAAGAAUAAACCAGUCUUUGAUGACCGCAGUUAACUGGAAACGACUCACUGGUUUAAGAGACGAGCUCAACCUUUCUGAUCGGAUAUAUUCGGGUUUCGGUGUCAUUUUUUUUUUCGCCAGUGCAGGGCUCUGAUUCGCUCCUUUAGCCGUGAUAAGACAUUUUCUGCCAUUUUCCGAGAUGUAAACGUUUGAUAUGAGAACAUGCAAACUGAUAAGUGUUGGUUCUUACCUGAGCUGAAGUGGAUUUUAAAUCUGUGCAUAAGUAAAUGCCAUGAGGACCUGACCUCAUAUUCCUGCGUGAUUACAAGCAUUAGGUUGAUUUGGUUAGUUUGCAUUUCUUAUGACACCUUUGAUUCCACGUGGAAAUAGAUUUUCAGCUCAAUUCACAUUCAACUACCCUGGCCAGCAUCCACAAGAUUCACCACACCUUGCACAGGCUGAAUCUGACCGAAGACGUUGGACAGGAUAGCCACUCAUCAGUUAUCUUUCAGAGUUUUUCUUACGUUCCCAGCUUGCUACUCACGAGCCAUGCCGCCUAGGAAAAAGAGGAGACCCUCUGCUGGAGAUGACAUGUCUGCUAAGAAAAGUCGUCAAGACAGUGUUUUCAGAAAACAUGAUACAACACUAAUCCAAGAGGAGGAGACAUUUUCUAGUAAAAGAUGCUUGGAGUGGUUCUAUGAAUACGCAGGUUGUGAUGACGUUGUGGGUCCAGAGGGCAUUGAGAAGUUCUGUGAAGACAUUGGAGUGGAGCCAGAAAAUGUGGUAAUGCUGGUUCUGGCUUGGAAGCUGGAUGCUCAGAGUAUGGGAUAUUUUACUCUUCAGGAGUGGCUACGAGGCAUGGGCUCACUGCAGUGUGAUUCCACUGAGAGACUGAGGAACUCUCUUGACUACCUGAGAUCUGUUCUGAACGACAGCACUAGUUUUAAGCUUAUUUACAGAUAUGCCUUUGAUUUCGCUCGGGAAAAAGAUCAGAGGAGUUUGGACUUGAAUACAGCCAAGUGUAUGCUGGGGCUUCUUCUGGGGAAGACAUGGCCCCUUUUUCCUGUGUUUAAUCAGUUUUUAGAGCAAUCCAAGUACAAAGUCAUCAACAAAGACCAGUGGUGCAACGUUUUAGAGUUCAGCAGGACAAUCAACCUGGACCUUAGUAACUAUGAUGAAGAUGGUGCCUGGCCUGUUUUGCUGGAUGAAUUUGUGGAAUGGUACAAAGAAAGACAGAUGUCAUAGCUGGGAAUGGAAAACUGAAAAAAAA